AUCCACACCAAAAUCUCAUGGUGCGUUGAUGUAACAGCAGCCGGCAAUAGGAACUAGUGCAUUUAAUAUCAAAUAGUAAAUAAAUAGCUCGACUGAACGCACAUGCCAUGCAAAUUCGUCGUCCCAAAGGUGUCACAGUUCCGCAGUUGAUGGUGGUCACGGCAAUUGGGGUGCUAGGCGGUAUUUACAUUUGGCAGCCACUGAUUUUGAAGUACAAGGGCGAAAAGAAAACCGAUUCAGAACCAAAAGCACCGGCAGCUGAAAAAUGAGUUUCAUUAACGGUCUCAAAAGAUUCGCCACAACGACUGUCGGUUUGAUGGCCAUAGGCAUCGGAUCCACGGUCCUCAUCUACACCACCCAUCGUUUUGUCAUCAAGCCCCAUCUGCUCCAGAAACGCCGCCUGGAAGCCGAGGCCUGUGCGGAGUACAUCUUCCAGCAGGAGGCCCACUCGAGACCCAAGCAGCGCGACUAUUGAGCGAAGGAUGCCAGCGAUUCUACGGACAUCUUUACAACAUUUACCUCUAGCCUAGUGAUUAGUUACCAAAUUUCAACGCUGUAAUCCCAUGGUGAACAAUGGAAUUUUACUUUCAUACCUUCAGUUUGGGUGGAGAGACCCCAAGUUUCUUAUGUUCAUUUUAGAGUAAAACAACGCCUAUGUUAAAUCCAAUGGAAUUUUUAUGGAAGCAAUAUGAAUUGAAUAAAUAAUGAAAAGCACA